AACAUGUACAUCGUGAGUCUAGCGGUUGCCGACUUGAUCGUGGGUAUUUUUGUCAUGCCUGUCAGCGCCAUCUAUAUCUUCACGGAGGAAUGGCUGUUUGGGGUGGCCGUCUGUCAGAUCUGGAUAGUCAUUGAUUACACAGCCAGUACUGCCUCCAUCUUGAAUCUCUUCAUUCUCAGUGUGGACCGUUACUGGUCAGUUACCUCCCCUUUAAAAUAUCUGAGGAAGCGGACGAAACAGAGGGCGUUAAGGAUGAUAUCAAUAGUAUGGCUUGUAUCUAGUCUAUGGAUUAUCCCGAUUGUGUCAUGGCAUCAUAUAGCAAACGAUGGAAUAAGGCGUGUUCAGUCCAACGUGUGCGAUACGGAAUACGCCCAUGAUUCUGUAUUUAAGGUUAUAACAGCAUUUUUCAAUUUUUAUCUUCCACUUGCAAUAAUGUAUAGCCUAUACGGAAAAGUGUUUCACGAAAUAAGAAAGCGAUCGGCCUUGGAACUUGGUCAGAGGUAUGCCAGGCCGAUAGUAGCUGAAAAUAUGCAAUACAACGCGGAUUCACCAACUAUAGACAACAGCAGCGACGGUAGAAUAGACUCAUAUUCGGAUGAAAACCAUUCCAUAAAAACAGAUUCCAGUAAUUAUUCUUCAAUCAAACUCACACCGUGCAAUGUUGUAGGUUCGAAAAAAUCUAAAAAGAAUAAGAAAUCAAAACCGUCAAAAUCUAAACGAAAACAUUACAAGAGACGCUGCCUCGAGGAAAAACCUUUUAAUCCAAAAUGUAAGGUAGAAUAUAUUUAUGACGAGAAUGUCUUAGAUCCAAAGACGGAAAAAGUGGAACGGUUUUUCUACCAGGAACAUAUACCUAUGAGUACAAAACCUGUCAGAGAGAUUCUCAUAAGUCCUCCCAUUAUAUGUAACGAGCCUUCCAUUUCUUCAGGGGGAACUCCUGUAAGUUCCAGUAGUGAGGAAAGGCGAACAUUGGGCUACAAAAGUAAAAAAGAUCGUCAAAACUACAGUUUAGUAAGUGGCUUACGACAGAUGCGGCAAACCGAACAUAUCAUCGACCAUACAGUGUCCGUGACGCGUGACGGAAAUGGCGUGACGCACAUCCGGAACUCCUCUAACGGCCGAGCGAGAGGCGGAACAGCAAUUAUGUUCGACGAAGAUUCGAACCGUCGUAUGUCGACUACGCUAAAUAUCAAACAUAGAAUAAAGAAUAUUCGCCAAAGUUCCUUAAAAAAAGAAAUCAAGGCUGCAAGACAACUCGGAGUGAUAAUGGGAGCGUUUACCUUGUGCUUUCUACCAUAUUUCAUUUUAUUCCUAGUGAUAGCAUUUUGUCCUGAUUGUAUACACCCGGAUCUAAUGACAGCAAUGACAUGGAUUGGCUAUCUAAACUCAACGUUAAAUCCAGUACUUUAUCCACUGUGCAAUAUUAACUUCCGCCGGAAGUUCCGUAAAAUGUUGAGGUUAGAUCGUGAUCAACGUCGUAGACGCCAUAAUAUCAGGACGGUCGAGAGAAACAGUUUUACAAUGAGAUAUGACUGA